GGGUGUGCAUAAUUUCUGAAGGCACUGUAUGUAUCGGCUAUGACCUGAGAGCUACCCUCAGAAUCUAUAUUUGGUUUCCUGAAAUGUUUUUUGCUGUUUCACGGAAAUCCACCUUAAAGGGGGCCUAUUCGACAAUGUUCAACUAUGUAUUAUCUUAAGCAAGAUGGGUUAUCUCCAACCAAUCAUAUUACAUUUUUCGUUUUGGGGGCGGAGUGCACAAAUACCAUAAAACUAAAGAUAUUUCCGAUUUCUUUUCACGAUUCCUAUUCCCUAUUCUCACUAGAACCUAAGCUAAAUCAUCACGAGCAACAUGGUUGAGUGGACAGAUGAAGAGCGCGCGGCCAUCUCCAACAUCUUCUCCAAACUAGACUAUGACGAAAUUGGCCAAAAGUCCCUGUCAAGGUGUCUGAUCGUGUACCCCUGGACCCAGAGGUAUUUCGGGGGCUUCGGCAACCUGUACAACGCAGAGGCCAUCAUGAACAACCCUCUGAUUGCUAAGCACGGCACCACGGUGCUGCACGGUCUGGACAGAGCUCUGAAGAACAUGGACGACAUCAAGAACACGUACGCCGAGCUGAGCGUUCUGCACUCCGAGAAACUGCACGUGGAUCCCGACAACUUUAAGCUGUUGUCUGACUGUCUGACCAUCGUCAUCGCUGGGAAGAUGGGCAACGCAUUCACCCCCGAAUAUCAGGCAUCCUUCCAGAAGUUCUUGUCAGUGGUGGUGUCUGCUCUGGGCAGGCAGUACCACUAGAGUCAGUCUCCAUAUAGCUGGCCGAGGAGACAGCCUGUGUGCUCAUGUGUUUCAUUCACUCUUCAAUGAAUAAAUAAAAUAAGCAUAUAAGCAUA